AUAUUGAAGAAUAAUAUGUGUGAUGCAGUCUUAAAGGAAUAAUAAAAUAUUUUAGGACAAGAGUUUUUAUUUUAAACCCGUAAAUAACAUAAAGGAUAUAGAAAAUAUGAAAUUUGAUAUUGUUCAUAAAUAUCUGACUAUAGCUUUUGGGCAUAUAGGUUGUGUUUUAGCUAAAUGGCCUCUACAUUUUCUCGUUCUGGUUAUAAUCAUAUGUGGAGCUUUAAGUGGAGGUGUUGCUUUACUAGAUUUUGGUAAGAAGCACGACAUCGAACAGCUUUACGCUCCUGAGAACAGUGAAGCCUUAGACGAGAAGGCUAGAAUGAGAAGGAUCUUUAAAGAGGAUGAAAAUGGCCUGUUUAAUGUUGUUAGAUCUUCUGAAAUAGGAGAAUUGUGCUCCGUCGUUGUUGAAUCAAAUACUAACGAUUCAAAUAUAUUCAAGAGAGAAACAAUAGAAGAUAUACUAAAAAUUUAUAAGACGAUUAAAGAUGCGAAAACUGGAGAAUAUGGUUGGAAAGAUGUUUGUGCAAAAUGGAAAACCGACUGCGUAGUAAAUGCUUAUCUAGAAACCUUACUAAACAUGAAUGCUGCCAAUUUUGGUCCAGUAUCUUAUCCAGCUCAUAUGAAGCCCAUUCCAAAUCUACCUCCAGGUCAAGGUUUACCUUUACCAAUGGCUGAUAUUUUUGGCAGUUGUAAUGUUAUAAAUGGUACUAUUGUAUCAUCUGAAGCCUUUCAAAUGUUAUUUUACCUUAGAAAAAAUGUUACAUAUACAAGAGAUUGGGAAAAAGAGAUGCUCAACAUUGUUGAGAAUCUUACAAAAUAUUAUCCUAAUUUUAAAAUUCAAAGAUAUUGCUCCCUUUCCAUUCCAGAAGAAAUGUUGAAGAAUACAGAGCAUAUGAUUCCAAAAUUCUGUAUAGUUAUUGGUGCAGUUGCUAUUUUGUGUAUAAUAGCAAAUCUAAGUACCGAUAUAGUCGUGGCUAAACCCUAUUUAGGUCUUGCAGCCUUGAUUACGUCGAUAUUAAGUGCUCUAUCUGCAUUUGGCCUAAUUGGAUACUGCAAUGUAAUGUUCACCGAUCUGUCUUUCUUAUCAGUCUUUCUUGUAAUUGGUAUUGGAGUGCAAGAUUCUUUCGUUAUAACAACAGCUUGGAGGAGAACAAUAAAUGAGCAAAGCGUUCAAGAAAGAAUGAUGAAAACUAUGGAAGAAGCUGGCGUUGCAAUAACAUUAACUUCAGUCACAAAUGUUGUUGCAACAGCAAUUGGGGCAAUUAGUCCCUUCCUAGCAGUUCGAAUACUCUGCCUCUACACUGCAGUGGGCCUGUUGUUUGCUUAUAUUCUGCAAAUUCUGUUUUUCUGUCCAUGUCUCGUCUUAGCUGGUCGUUUGGAAAAUGAGAAUAGAAAUAGUAUCACAUGUCAAAUAAGCGACAAUUACAAGGAUCCAUCUCUGGAAGGUGAAACCCCGUCAGGAAUUAUGAUAUUUAUGAGAGAUCAAUACUCUAGGAUUUUACUGUCAAAACCUUCAAUGGUCGUUGUUACAAUUGUGUUUAUGGCUUAUCUUGCACUAGCCAUUUAUGGUUCAAUAGAAAAGAUAAAAGAGGGAUUGGAUGCUGAACGUGUUGUUUCAGAUAACUCAUACGUAGCUAGCUAUUAUCAGUCUCUAAGAGAACACUAUAGUAACUACACUCACCCAGUUGCUAUAGUUUUUGACAAACCACUACCUUAUUGGAAUCAAUCAGUUUACAAUAGAAUUGAAGAGCUACUUAAUAGAUUUGAAACGAAUGAAUAUUUCAACGGUGCAAAUGUCACUAUUUCAUGGACUCGAUUCCUUAAAUUGGGUCUUGCUGCUCAGGGACUUGAAUGGCCCAAUUCAGAAGCAAGUUUAUACAUACAACUUCAAUUCAUGCUCAAUUCAGCUACUGCAAAACCUAUACUUGACGUUGUUCCUUUGAAUUUAGAUAUACAAUUUAAACCUGAAUCUGGAGCCAUUAGCGCUUCAAGAAUGUUUGUUAUAUCGAAAGGAGUAUUAAAUGGAACAGCGCGUAAAGAGUUUAUGCAAGUUUCCAGAGAUAUAGUUGCAGAUUUCAAAGAUCUCAAUGUUUUUGUUUAUUCAAAUAUAUUUCCUCUGGCUGAGCAGUGGGCGAUUGUUGGUAGAGUUGCCCUUCAAAAUAUGGGUAUUGCAGCUGGUGUGAUGCUGGUCUUUUCUCUUCUUUUCAUACCAAAUCUUACUGUCAGUAUCAUCGUUACUCUGUCAAUAGGCUCUAUCUGUGUUGGAGUAAUCGGAUUUAUGUCGUGGUGGAAUGUCUACAUGGACAUUGUCGCUACAGUAGGAGGGGUGAUGUGCGUUGGUUUUGCUGUAGAUUUUAGCGCACAUUUAGCUUUUGCUUAUGUGACGAACCACUCGAAUAAAUCGAAAGCAGCUUCGGCUCUGUACGCUGUUGGUCAAGCAGUUAUAUUAGGCUGCUUAUCGACUAUACUUUGUGUUAUACCCUUAGCAACCAGUAGUACGUAUGUCUUAAGGUCUUUCUUCAAAGUCAUGUUACUGGUUGCCCUUUUCGGGGCUUUCCAUGCCCUUGUUGUACUUCCUGUCAUUCUAUCAAUGGCAGAAAUAAUUAAACAUAAGGAGGGAAACGCUGGAGUGAAUAGAACAGAUGACUUGAAACUAAAAAAGCAAGAAGAAGUGAAAAUAAAGUUUGAAAUUCAAGAUAAAAAAGCAGGUGAAGACAACUUGGGUAUGGAAAAAGAAAGUUAG